AUGCCCUCCUCAAGCCCGGUUCGCGGGCUGCUGUUCGUGACCAUGCAGCCCAAGGAGACAUUAUCGCUCGACCUCUUCCACGACUGGUACAACAACGAACAUGGACCCAAUCGAACCCGGCUGCCCUUUAUGCCGAAUGGGUUUCGAUAUCGAGCGACAGACUUGCCAGGAACCAAUGCCGGCACUCGCGCCGACCCCGAGUUCCUGGCCAUCUACGACGCCACGGAUAUGCACCAAUUCACCGAACAACCCUACCAGUAUCUGCGAGCACCGCCGGGCAAAACGCAACGAGAAAUCAACGUCAUGGCCCAGAUCUGGGUGGAUCGGUUGACGCUGGAUUUUGUCGGCGAGCGGAUCAACGACAAGACUUUCGUCAAACUCGAAUCGCCGGAACAUUUCAAGGAGAACGAACAAGGGAAUGUCCUGACCACACUCCGAUUGCUGCUCACUCCGGAACAAGUGGCCACAGUUGAGGACUGGAUCCGGAACACCGUGCUCCCGAAAGUGCAAGAGAUCCCAGGCUGGAGGAGAACGUCGUGGUACAAGACGUCGUACCUCGAGCCACGGGAAGAUGGGAAGGUCGAUUUCGUCCUGAUUAACGAGUACACGCCGUCUACCGACCCCAAGGCAUUGCCCCCGAUAUUGGAAGCGCUGCCCGUGGAUAUCUCGGAGCGCAAAGCACGCACUUAUGAACUCUUCUACACCUUUGGAACGGCAGCACGGCACCUGGCCAUCGUGGCACCGUGGACGUCGCCUGACGGAGUCACCAAGACGCUACCAAACGUCUCGCCCUACGGCUCGGCGAUCGAGUCGACCGUCACGACACGCGACGGCGCAGUCCUGCCCUUCCGCCUCGAAGGCAGCUCCGACCCCAACGCCCCGGUCCUGGUGCUGGUCAACUCGGUCCUAACCACGUGGGGCAUCUGGGACGGCUUCCUCGCGCACUUUUUCUCACGCCCGCAGAACGAAAAAUACCGCGUCCUGCGGUAUCUGGCCCGCGGGAGAGCCAUCCCCAGCGGCACAAUUAGCCCAGUGACCGUGGAUGUACAAGCCUCCGACGUCAUUCAGCUGCUAGACGCCCUGCGUGUGCCUCAAGCAACGGGCCUCGUGGGCGUGUCGAUGGGCGGCGUCACUGCACUGGCGACAGCACUUCAAUACCCGGCGCGCAUCCAGGCCUUCGUGGCGUGCGAUACGUCCGCCAAAUCGCCCGCGGGCAACAAAGACACGUGGGGCCAGCGCAUCGCCGUGGCCGAGAAGGAGGGCACCACUUUGCGCCUGGCGUCCUUGUUCGGCGACGAGUCCGAGUCCCCGGACACGACUCCGCAAAACGUCGUGGGCGAAGAGCUCGCCGAGAUGACGGUGCGGCGGUGGUUCGUUUCGGAGUCGUACGACAAUCCCCAGCUCGUCCCCGAAAUCGCUCGCGUCAAGCGCAUGGUCUACACCAACUCGCUGCCCGAGUUCCGGCGGGGCGUCGAGACUCUGUUCAACUACGACUAUACGGGUCUUCUGCCUGGGUACAAGGGCCGAGGCGCCUUCCUGGUGGGUGCUGGGGACGGCGUGCUGCCAAAGGGCAUGGAGAAACUGUCGAAAGAGCUGGGCUCGGCAGAAGGGAAGACGGCCGCUUUCAAACUCGUCGAGGGCGCAGGGCAUCUACCCAUGGUCGAGAAACCCAGGGAGGUGGCUGAGUUUGUGGGAGACUUUUUGAGCGCCGAAUAA